AGCAGAGAGGAGAGAGGAGAGAGGAGAGAGACAGACAUACCUUUCUUCCCCUAUAAACAGCAGAGAUACUUCCUCUGUUUCCCACAAAGCAGCUUCUGCAAUCUGUUCGCCCAUUGGUUCAUAGAAACUCUUCUCUCUCUCUGAGAAAAUGGAUUUCCUUGGCUUUUCAUCUGCCUCAUAUACCUUCAGAGUCAUCAUUUUCCUCUCUCUCUUCUUCUUCCUCUGCAAUGGCUUCUCUUACCCUGACUCUUCUCUUUUCUACACCCACCACCAUCGUCACAACUUGGCCAAGCACAACUACAAAGACGCUCUCACCAAAUCCAUCCUCUUCUUUGAAGGCCAAAGGUCUGGGAAGCUACCUCCCAACCAGAGAAUGACUUGGAGAAGAGACUCUGGUCUCUCUGAUGGAUCUGCUCUUCAUGUGGACUUGGUUGGAGGGUACUAUGAUGCAGGAGACAAUAUCAAGUUCGGAUUCCCAAUGGCAUUCACAACAACAAUGCUCUCAUGGAGUGUGAUUGAGUUCGGUGGUCUCAUGAAAUCUGAGUUAGGAAAUGCUAAAUUAGCCAUUCGUUGGGCCACAGAUUAUCUCCUCAAAGCAACUUCACGUCCUGACACCAUUUAUGUUCAAGUUGGUGAUGCUAACAAAGACCAUUCUUGUUGGGAAAGACCAGAAGACAUGGAUACACAAAGAAGUGUGUUUAAAGUAGACAAGAACACUCCUGGUUCUGAUGUUGCCGCUGAAACAGCCGCCGCUCUUGCCGCUGCUGCUAUUGUUUUCAGGAAAUCUGAUCCUUCUUACUCCAAGAUCCUCCUCAGACGAGCCAUUAGGGUUUUUGCAUUUGCGGACAGAUACAGAGGAACAUACAGUGCAGGAUUGAAACCAGAUGUUUGUCCAUUUUAUUGCUCUUUCUCUGGUUAUCAGGAUGAGUUGUUGUGGGGAGCUGCUUGGUUGCAAAAAGCUACAAGGAAUCUAAAAUAUUUGAAUUACAUUAAAGUCAAUGGACAAAUCCUUGGAGCUGCUGAGUAUGACAACACUUUUGGUUGGGAUAACAAGCACGCUGGAGCCCGAAUCCUUCUUUCAAAGACGUUUCUGGUUCAGAAAAUGAAGACACUUGGUGAAUACAAAGGUCACGCUGAUAAUUUCAUUUGCUCUGUUAUUCCUGGUGCUCCUUUCUAUAUUUCUCAGUAUACUCCAGGUGGAUUGUUAUUUAAAAUGGCAGACGAGAACAUGCAGUACGUGACGUCAACAUCGUUCCUGCUCUUAACCUAUGCAAAAUACUUAACCUCCGCAAGAACCGUCGUCCAUUGCGGUGGCUCCGUCUACACUCCUGGCCGCCUCCGCUCAAUCGCCAAGAAACAGGUGGAUUAUCUACUUGGAGACAACCCAUUAAGGAUGUCUUACAUGGUUGGUUACGGUCCGAAAUUCCCACGGCGAAUCCACCACCGUGGUUCCUCCUUACCUUGCGUUGCAAAUCAUCCGGCCAAGAUCCAAUGUCACCAAGGCUUCUCCAUUAUGCACUCUCAAUCUCCAAACCCUAAUUUCCUAGUCGGUGCAGUCGUUGGUGGUCCGGACAAGCAUGAUCGAUUUCCGGACGUACGAUCUGACUACGAGCAGUCAGAGCCAGCUACUUACAUCAAUGCACCACUCGUUGGAGCUCUUGCCUACUUCGCUCAUUCUUAUGCUCAACUCUAGUUGUAACCGUUGACUUCAAUCUAGUAACGAAUGUAUUAGUUAAGCUAAAAAGUAAAACUGAAGGAAGUUAAGCUUUAUUAUUA